AUGUCUUCGCCAAAAUCUCCCGACAAGUCUCCUCAGUCUCCGCCUGAGGCUGCUGAAACCCCCGCGCGAGAUGAAUUCAUUCAGCCCGAUACUGAUUCUGACUCUGCGUAUUCUUUGGCAACGGAUGUCAGUGAUACCGAGUCCCUGCGUUCUUCUAUUUUGAACUACAAGUGGGUUCAUGGUAGACGCUUCCAUGCAUAUGGCGAUGGAACCUAUUGUCAUGAGUUGUUUCGGGCAGUCCUCGACGGCAAGCUAUACGAAGCUCCGAUCGGCAAGAAUCCGCAAAAUGUACUUGAUGUCGGCUGCGGCACUGGUAUUUGGGCCAUUGACAUGGCAGACCUUCACCCAUCGGCUGAAGUCAUUGGUGUUGAUCUCUCACCCAUCCAACCAAACUUCAUCCCGCCCAACUGCAGAUUCGAAGUUGAUGAUAUCAACAAAGAAUGGACAUUUCCCGAAAACAAAUUUGACUUUAUUCACAUUCGCUACAUGACAGGAACGGUCCCAGAUUGGACUGAACUUCUCAAGAAGGCCCAAAGGCAUCUCAAGCCAGGUGGCUGGAUCGAGCAUGUUGAACUCUGGGGAGACGCCAGAGCCGACGAUGACACCAUGAGCCCCGAAUCUCCGCUCAAAACUUGGGUCAAGAUCUUUAAUCAAGUAGCAGAAAAGGUCGGCAACCCGUUCUUCUGGAACCCCGCCGAGGAAUUCGAGAAGGCUGGCUUGAAGAACAUCACCGAGAAGAAGGUCAAAGUGCCUAUUGGUACUUGGGCGAAAGACAAGGAUCUCAAGCAGUGGGGUGCAUGGAAUCGACAGUUUCUUCUACAAGGAUUGGAGGGCUUUUCUAUCCGCAGCCUGACGGAGCUUUUAGGAUGGGAGUACGAGAAAGCGCAGGUCUUUCUGGUGGAGAUGCGUAAAGAGCUGCUGAACCCAAAGCUUCACUCAUACGUGUUGGUAACUACCGUAUAUGGUCAAAAGCCCGAGGAAUAA